AUGGCCGCCAUCACCGAUCCCUACCACCUGCAUGAUGAGCAGGCUCCGUGCCCCGGCUGUGAGGCCGACAUGGCACCCGCUUCCUCGUCCGACUUUUACGCGGGCCUCUACUGCCGUAACCGUCCACCCGUCCUCAACGAGCGCUUUAGCCGUGUCGCUACGGAUCUCGAAGCGUCUCUCCUUCAGGCUCAUCUGACAGACGACGACGAGAUCACGGCCAUCUCCCAGCCUGCCCAGAGUCCUCUGAUUACCUCCGCACAAAUUCCGGCCCUCGCUGAGGCAUAUGAACCUUCCAUCGACUCCUUGGCUACUCUCAAGGGCGUCAUCGACCACCCCGAUCAACCCGACCAAGCUCGGCCAUAUCUUGUCUACGUCCUAGACAACCGCUGCCUCGAUCCUGGCUACGACGUCGAAACAUAUCAAGCACUCGACCUCACCGAGCAUGCCAUGGCUGCUCACGAGAUCAGUCACGCUCAAAGUUACCCCACCAAUAUUGAAAGCUGGGCACCCUUGCCUCCUGCUCUACUCGCCAACACUCGUGGCUCCCCUACUCCUGCCGCUCUCGGGCUUAGUGAAAGCUUGGUUCUGGGAGCAAAGUCGACCACUAGCAGCCGCAGCGUCAUGACUGGCUCUUCCUGGUGCCCGGUCACCUAUCCUGGUGAUGAAGAAGAAGGGCCGUAUGCCACUGACCUGUUCGUCUGCGCCACAGGAGGGCAAUUUGACGACGACUCCGCCUCACCCUUCUCCAUCGAUGAGAUGCUGAUCAGCAAUCUCGUCUAG